AUGGAGGUUUUCCGCCCCUUUACCUUCCCAGCACGCAACAGCGUAGCGCAGUGCUACUCAGCUGCACUCGUGUCCGACCUCCAGCCGACUAGCCGCUGGAUCAGCCGCAGGUUCCAAAACUCCGGCAUUAGGCUCUCCUCCUCCAGCAACAAGGCAGCGACGGCCCUCCUGAGCCAGCCUAAGCUGCUCUCGCUUACCGAAACCGUAGCGUCGCAAGCUAGCGCGCUCGCCAAGUCCGCCCGUGAUUUCGAGGCCCGUUACCGCCGCUUCAUAGACGCGGCUGAGGUACGCAGCGAAAUGACGGCAGCACAAUUCCCAGCUGCCGGCAACAGCACAGCGCGCGCGAAGCUAGCGGCCGAGGAAGCGCGGCUGAUGGCACCGCUGCUCCGGUGGGCGGAAGAGGAAUCGGGUAAACUCGUUGCGGCUAUGAAGGCGGAUCUCAUCGCGCGGGCGAAGCAGCUGGAGGUAGCGUUGCUCGACCUGUCAGCGGUCGGGGGGCAGGAAGACGAGCACAUAAGACGGGAGAUUGAAACGGCUGAGCGCAUCCAGGAUUCAUGGAAGAAGCACCUUCACUGGCAUAGCGAGCAAGAUCUAUUGGACUUGAGAAAGAUGCAGCAGCUGAUGGGACUCGUCCAUAAGGUGACCAUGUGGGCCAUGGAGGAGAGCGAGGAUAUAGUGCCCGACCUAGACCGGUACUACGACGAUGUUGUGGGGACUAUAGCGGUAGCCGGAGAAAUUGAGCGUGCGGUGGCAGGCGCGAGGGGCGGGAAUGCGGGGAUGCGAGGGAUGCUUGCGCUUGGGAAUAGGAUCAUGAGUUUGAGAAUGGAGCCGGCAAGGAGAAGGAAAGAGAGGGCCGGCAAUAAGGUGUGA